CGGGACGUAAGCGGAGCCGGCGGAACGGGAGCCGUGGCGCGGCGCGGCGUGGCGGCGCCGAAGACGACGACGUCGACGGCGCGCGGCCGUCUGCGGGCGUCGUGGCGCGGCGCUCAGUCGGCGCAGGGCGGCCGCGCGUCCCGACACCCAGCGGCGCCUCCACGACCAUCGCACCGUGCCGCCGGUGAGGAGCCGACGACCGGCGACGGCCACGCAACACUAGCUCACAGGUCCCGGCGCUAUGGCUCAGUGCACAUGCGCGGGCUGAGGUCCGCCAUGGCGCUGCGCUGCGCAUGCGCGCUGCUGCUCUGCUCCGCCAUGACACCACAUGCUGAAAACACGGCCUCAACCCCAAGGAAUGCGGUGCUAAGCGACGGGGCGUCUACCGUCCCCUCGGGUGCGCCGUCGAGGGCGUCGACGCCAGACGCGACAGUUUCGUCGGCGGUGUCCAGCGAGGCGGCGUCCAGUGAGGCCACCCUGCUGGACGCCACACCCGGCAGCAGCGACCCACCGACGCUCGCUGCGGCACCGACGGCCUUACUCGCCGAAUCGACGACGCCGCCGCCGACGACGACGACCGCGGCGACGACGACGUCGACCACGAUGUCAGGCGGCACGUGGCGGCCCCAGCAGCCGCAGCAGCAGCCGCAGCACUCGCACUACCACGUGCACGCCGCGGGCGACGGCCGGCGCUACGGGCCUUACUUCGAGGACGGGGAGGGGCCACACAACGUGACGGCGCGCGUCGGCCAGACCGUCGUCCUCGACUGCAGGAUUGGCCUCCUCCAGGGCAAGACGGUGUCGUGGCUGCACCGGCGCCACGACGCGCUGCAGCUGCUGACGGUGGGCCGGCAGGAGUACAGCGCCGACCAGCGCGUCACGCUCAGCUUCCGUUACCCCGGCAACUGGCGGCUGCGCAUCGAGUACGUGCGCCUGCGCGACCAGGGACUCUACGAGUGUCAGGUGGCCACGCACCCGCCGAGGGUGCUGCGGAUCUAUCUCACCGUCACAGCGCCGGAGGUUAGCGUGACGGACGAGAAGGGCCACCUGGUGAGCGAGCGCUACUACAAGGCGGGCAGCGCCGUCGAGCUGACGUGCGUCGCGACGCGCCUGCAGGGCCCCCACGAGGCCGUCGUCUGGCGGCACGGCGACGCCACGCUCACCACCGGCGUCAGCACGAACGUGACCUCUGCAGACGGGAGCAGCGUGCAGUCGACUCUGAGCAUCGACAGGGUGCACAAAAGGCACUCCGGUAACUACACCUGCGACGUCGGCAGCGUGGCUUCGACGAGCGUCGCGGUCCACAUUCUAAACGGCGAGCUACCGGCUGCAGUGCAGCACAAUGGCGCGUGGUCGGGCGGCCACUGGUAUGCGCGCUGGCCGCAGCUCGUGAUGUGGUUGGUGCCACUGCUGAUGGUGCGGUUGGUGCCACUGUGGCGGGACGCCCCGCCGCUGGGCCCCGUCUCCCGCGGCGCCGCCCCCUGCAGCUGACAGCGGCCGCCAGAGACCGGAUGAACAGGACGUUGCUGUGAACAUAUCUGUCAGGCUCAUCGUUGGGAGUGAAACAGAUGAGAAAAUAUUCACCUUGUGGAUGUCGGCUGGAUCGGCGCCCGGAUCCAUACUGUGCUGCAAAGUGUGUGCUGCCCGCAGGACGCUUCGGGACCAGAUCGUGGUGGACAUUAACGAGUGAUGCCUGCACACUACAGGCGUUGCCGGCACGCCACCGAAUAUUUUUGUACAACAGAGACUAACCUCACGCGUAUCGAACAUACUUCGUUAUUUUUCAUAAUUCUGUGAAUCUAACUAGAGCAUGUCUAUAGCGCAAUAACAACCUAACAGAGUAGUCACUAAUAGUGAUUAAGAGACUAUUUUAAUCGAUUCUAAUUUAUAAUAAAUCAACAUAUUUUACAGU